AUGGCACCCUCUGGUGCCAGAGAACAGCCACCGCAGAAGACCAUCAGCACAGUUGGCUGGCGGCAGCAGCGGCUGUGGGUGUUCGGAUGUCCCACACUGACAGAGAGCCUGAACCUCUCAGCUGCAGCUGAUCUCGGAGCUCCUGCGGAGAACAUGCGGCUCUCGCGGGCACAACCACGGCAGCACCGCGGGGGAGCGGAGGGAAGCCCGGGGACCGCCGGAGAGCAGCUCCGAGAGGGCCUCGAGUAUGUGGAGAUCGCUGCUGUGCUGGAUGGAUGCUGUCGCCUAAAACUAGGAGAUGCACCAAACCCAGGUGUUCUCCUCCCUGCCGUAACGGGGCGCUGUGUCGACAGUUUAACAGAGUUCCCGGUCCACCUCAGACCCCUCCGGAUCCCACCACAACCAGCUCUGAGCCCCCAGAGAAGCACCAAACCUGCUGCCAGCUCACCUCCACCCGAACCUCCACCUGAACCUUCAGACCCGAACCCGACUUCUGCUCAGGCUGAUGGAGAGGAGGACACAAAGGUCCCUGACUCUGGUCCUGCCAAAGCUGUAGGCUUUGGAGGUCAAACUGAAGAGAAUGAUGGAGCUGACAGUGGAGGAGGUGUUUCCAAGCGGUUUCUGACUCGUGAGGAGAACCAAGCCUCCCCAAAAUAUCCCACUGUAAUCCGGUUCGAUCCAGAUCCAGAUGAAGGGCUGACAGCCUCCAAUCAGAGUUCUGAUUCUGAAUCUGAAGCAGAGGAGAGGAGACCAGGCACUUUCGAAAUGCCUCCACCCGAGUUUGAUCCAGGACAGGAUGAGGAGGAUCAGAAUGAGGGGAAGGAGAAAAAGAUGGCGGGAGCAAAAAAGCUGAGCCUGAGAGAGGUCCAGGCAGUGCUGCUGAGAAAGACUCUGUCACAGGGAGGAAGAGGUGACAAGAUGGCCGCCCUGCUGAUGAAGCACAUUGAGAGGGAGACGAAUAAAGUUCACAGUGCAACCUCCCCUUUUAAUGCUUCCUCAUCCUCCUCGCUGAAAACAAGUGUGAAGACGUUCCACACCCAGAAGGGGCAGUACAGCGUCCAUUUCAACACCCUGACAGACCUCAACAAACUUGAAGUUUUCCAGAUACGCUGCCUUCGACAGAUAUUACGAGUAUCACUUCGAGGCCGCCUUCGAAACAAGGACAUCCGACGGAGAUGCGACAACCAACCGCCAAUUGAGGGGCAAAUUCAAAAACGCUGAUUGCGAUGGUUUGGCCAUGUGUGUUGAAUGGAUGGGAGGAGACUACCACAUCAACUCCUCUGGCGUAAACGACCCACCCAGUAGAGAAUCCACCGAACGGCACCGAAGAAAACAUGGCUAAAACAGGUCAAAGAUGACAUCAGGGGCAGAAUAAAUCUUGAUGA